CAGUGGCUAGCUCUUUCUUUCUCUCUGCCCCCCUCGCCUUCUCUUUCGUUUUUCUUUUCUUUUUUUUUUUUCUUUUCCACUUUUUUUCUCUUUUCUAGUGGUUUGGAUCAUCAAUGGGUAAAGCCAAGAAGGGCCGCCCUCACAAAGGCUCCGGUGUUGCUGCGGGGGCAGCAGUCCAUCUGCCCAAAAAGCACCGGAAAAUGCACAUGUUUUCUCGACUAUCCACCACCACCACGACUCUCGGUCCCCCCGCCGCCAUUAAGCAUGAAGGGAAGGAUUCGAAGACUAAAACAGGAGUGGUCACCUCGCAACCCUCAAAACAGCAUCGGCGACCCAUCGUGCCCUUUGGAAAGCAAGAUCGCAUAUUGUUGGUCGGGGAAGGUGACUUUUCCUUUGCCCGCUCCCUGAUCCGUCAGUAUCGCUGCAAGAAUGUCCUGGCUACUUGCUAUGACUCCAAGGAGACUCUUCAGCGCAAAUACCCCCAGGUGGAGCUCACCAUCCGUGACAUUCUGGCGACAUUCAGCAGCCCAGAAAGCUCAAAAGCAAGCUCAAGUGAAGACAAGAACCCAUCGCUAGGUCCAAAACGUCAGCUUCCCAAGGUCCUGUUCUCCGUCGAUGCUCGGAAACUGGGUCUCCCUGCGGGUGGCGGCAAGGACGUUCGCAACGGCUGGUCUAGUCGAGAGCGGCGGCGUCCGGCAUGGCAACAAGCGAGAAAUGUAGCUCUCGCUUCCGCCCCGGAUGGUGGGCAAUGGGAUAUCAUCUCCUUCAAUUUUCCCCAUGUUGGCGGUCUCUCCACCGAUGUAAAUCGACAGGUUCGUGCCAACCAAGAACUCUUGGUAGCUUUCUUCAAGGCCUGCAUCCCAUUAUUAUCGCUCAGUCAAGGGCCGGUGGAGGACGAUGAAAGUUAUGAGUGGGAGGACUAUGAAGGUUCAGAUUUGGAGACCAGCCAGGAUGAUGACGACGAUGUCGCCGAAAUCGAUAAGCCAUUACGUUCAAUAACGGCCGCCGGCCAGGCUGAAGGCCAGCAUACGUCUGGUCCGGGUCGAAUUCUGGUGACCAUAUUCGAGGGGGAACCCUAUACCCUUUGGAACAUCAAGGAUCUUGCGCGGCAUGCUGGCCUGCGAGUGGUCACGAGUUUCAAGUUCCCGUGGGCUUGCUAUCAAGACUAUUCGCAUGCACGGACACUGGGCGAGAUCGAGGGAAAAUGUGGAGGCAGAGGCGGAUGGCGAGGUGAGGAUAGGGAUGCAAGAACAUAUGUAUUCGAGCUUAGGCGAGAUGACCAACCAGUGCCUGGGAAGAAUGCACUAUCAACCAAAGCUAAUCAUGGCACGAGGAAGAAACGAACGAGAGAAGCUUCUGAUAGUGACAGUGAUUAAGAACACAACUAAAUC